AUGGCCAAGUCACUCCGCGAGUACUCCACCCCCGCUGUUGCCAACGUGCCCGUUGGGCCCGCUGUCAAUAUCGGGACUGGAAACUUUAAACUCCGCACUAGCCUGCUGACAAUGGUGCAGGCGAACCAAUUCUGUGGCUCACCAAGUGAGGACGCGAACGCACACCUGCAGAACUUCCAUGAGCUAUGCGAAACCAUCAUCAUUAAGGAUGUCGCACCUGACAGCCUCAAGCUCCGUUUGUUUCCUUUCUCCCUCUCGGGGAAAGUGAAGCAAUGGUUCUAUCAAAGUAAGGAAGCAGUCGACACAUGGAACAAAUGCGCCGCAGCGUUCCUUGCCAAGUUCUUCCACAUGAGCAAAACAAAUGCUCUUAGGGGAAAGAUAUCAAACUUCCAGCAAUCUUCACUCGAGUCCAUUCUUGAGGCUUGGGAAAGGCUCUGGGAAUAUAUCCGGGCUAGCCCUCACCACAGAAUGGAAGGAUGGCUCGUGCUGCAGAACUUCUAUGAAGGCCUCACGGCCAUGUGCAAGGGGCACGUCGAUGCCGCAGCUGGAGGUGUAUUCCUCUCCCUUACCAUCACUGAGGCCACAGCCCUCAUCGAGAAGAUGGUGGCUAACCAGAGUUGGGGAGAGGGACGCAAGACACAAAAAGGCAUGCAUACCGUCAAGGAGACGGAUUUGCUUGCUGCAAAAAUAGAUAUACUCAUGAAGAGGUUGGAAGGACGUGUCACCGAUCUAGCUACCGACACUGUCGAUGCGAUAGACUCACACAUGACGUGUGAGGACUGUGGAAAUGUUGGCCACAUGGGGAACAAUUGUCCUGAAACCCAGGAAGAUGUUGCAUUCAUCAACAACGGGUUUUGCCAACAACAGCAGCAAGGUAAUGGGUGGAACAACCAAAAUUGCCCCCAAGGUAAUUCCUCGUUUAACUCAGGCUUUAGUUCUUCCCAGCCUUCGCUUAAAGAUCUUGUUCUUGGUCAGGCCAAGAUAAAUGAAAACCUUGUUAAAAAGCUUUCCUUUAAUGAUAAAAUGUUUGAAAACAUAAACACCAAGCUUGAUGGCCUGACCACCUCGUUUAAAGAACAAGCGUCUUUCAAUAAAAGAGUAAUGUCUCAGAUAGAUCAGCUUGCUUCUACUACUAAGUCUGCUGCUGGUGUUGAAAAUGUUAGUUCGGUGACCACGAGAGGGGGUAAGACCACUCGUGAUCCACCAAACCCUAACCAUGGUACAGCUAAGACUCCGCGUCAACAAGAACAAACAUCUGCUGAGCCGGUUGAUCCUCAAGACGAAUCAUCAGAUGAGGAACCGACUCCAGAAGUUUAUGGGGACACCACGAUGCUUCCUUUCCCCACCAGGUGGAGGAAGAAGAAGAAGGACGGAGAAGAGCAAUUUAUCCGCUUCGUGGAAAUGGUCGAGAAGACAAACGUCAACGUCCCGCUGAUGGAUGUCUUGCACAUACCAUCCUAUGCUAAGUUUAUCAAGGAUAUCAUCAACAACAAGUGA